CUUCGCCCCUUUCCUAUUGUUUGUAGCCUAGCCAGCUAGCAAGCUAUUCUCCCGAUGGACGAACUCUUCACACAUCGGUAUUUCCAAAUCCUUAGUACCACCCAAAUAUUAUGAUAUAUUUUCAAGUAUCAAUAAACGAUUAACUGUAACUACAGACUAGCCCUGAAAAUGAGCAGAAUACCCGGACCCAUGUGGAAUUCCAAGGCUUUACACGAGCAGUUAGCGUCCAUCAUGGGGGCGUUGACCAAUGCAGCGGUGGCGGACAUAUGUGAAGUCGUGGAUGAAGGUUAUGCGAUUUUGCAAUUAGAAAUAUCAAGAAGCUACAAGGAAAACGAGGACCUCAAGAAGAAACUGCAUUUGAUUGAGUCUAUAAUUGCGCGAGGAAUCGAUGGAAAAGCUGGAACUCAAGCUGUUAUUACUGAACCCGUCCCAUUAGGUGAAGGUCUUCAUCCAAAACUGUCGCAGCAGGAGGACUCCACAUGUCAUAAAAGUAAUGGGAUAACAAUAACGUCUGGAGAUUGCUACUUUGUAGAAGAAGAAGAGGAGUUACCCGAUGUGGUACUUAUCAAAGAUGAGGACUCCGAGGACAGUGACACACAUGAGGAAGGUGUUAAUGUGUCAUCCGUGGGAGGAGAUAGUGUGGCUCCCCAUACAUCCCCCAAUGCAAGAAAGGAUGGGAACAGAGGAGAUAGUGUGGCUCCCCAUACAUCCCCCAAUGCAAGAAAGGAUGGGAACAGUCCAGCACAGUUCAGGAGCAGGAAGAUUGACUGGCAAAGGAAUGAAGAUAACAGUAUCUUCCAGGGUGAGCAAAGGAAAGAGACAUUGAAGCACAAUCUCAAACGCCCUGCAUCUAGAUUCAUUAUUGGGAAACGGGUGAUCUUGGGCCCUCAAUACACACUGCAUGAAACCCCCAAUCAGCCUGGUUCCUCUGGCCACUUAGGGGGCAAUGGGAUGGAGACAGCAGAGCUGGUUUGCUCCUAUGCCUCAAAAACAGACUCUGAUGUGCUUGUGGUCCACCCAGAGCCUCCGCUUGUUCCCACUGUAUCAGCUGUCACCUUUAACAGUCAAGUAGGGACUCACAGCAAUAGGAGGGAUAUCGACAUGAUUGACUCUCAGCCUAUUGAAUUAGAGAUGGACAUGUGCUCUACGUGGAACAAACAGGCUAAGACAGAGAUUACUUUCUCUCAGCUCCAACAAAACCUCGAAAAUAUCUCAGGCAUGAGUCCCGAUCACUGUCAACUGACACAGGGAAUGAACACAGCAUCGAAUUUUGAUGGACCUGACAUGAUGAGUUUUGCCAUGUAUGAGAAACAGUCUAACCAUCCCCAAUGGAGCGAUGUCCAAGGGAGCGAGGUCCAAGGGAGCGCUGACAGCAGGGAUAAGCGUUUUGUUUGCCCUUUCUGUCACAAGUGUCUGAUGACGUCUCAGAACCUCGAGGUGCACAUGCGGAUUCACACAGGAGAAAGACCGUUCAGUUGUGCCCAGUGCGGGAAAAGGUUCACCCAGUCAGCCCAUCUGAAAACUCACCAGAGUGUACACACAGGAGAACGGCCGUUUGCGUGUACACUUUGUGGGAAAAGUUUCAUAGUGAAAUACAGUCUCACGUUACACCUGAAGAAACACCACUCUAAUGUGAGGCCUUUGUAAAGUUAAAACAAAAGUGACAUGCAUUAGAGUGCACUUCUAACCAUUUACUGUUCAAAAGCAUACAAAUCAAUGGGAAACUGAAUGAAAUUGAUUGGAUCACAAUGACAUGUUUUAUCUAUUUAGGUAUUAGAAUAUUGCAUUUUGUAUUAUGUAUUUGGGUGCAUCUUGCCAUUCUAAAUAAACUAAUAUGGCAGCAUAAUGACAAAAUAAUUUGUACCAUUAUGAUUACACUGUGUACUAAGAACAAUCGAAGACAAUAACAUCAUUUGUACCAUUAUGAUUACACUGUGUACUAAGAACAAUCGAAGACAAUAACAUCAUUUGUACCAUUAUGAUUACACUGUGUACUAAGAACAAUCGAAGACAAUAACGAAUCAGUAUAUCAACAUAAUUGUUUUCUAAAACACCAUGUUAAAAUCAACAAUGGUAAAUCAAUGCGUUAAUUUGUAGACAAGAGAUACAUUGAAGCCUUUAAUCAGCUGUCAAUGCAUGGGAAUGUUACCUGGGGAGUGUAAAUGCUUGUUUUCACUUUAGUGUCGUUUUCAAUUUAUUUGCAUAUUUAGCCACACCAAUUUUAGGUUUAAUGUUUAGACUUUGAAAACAUGUAAGAAAAUAUGACCAUUUCAUGUUCCAUUAUGAUAUUGUUAUGUGUAGGUCAAUCCACAGAAUUAAAUAGAACAGUAUUACAUUGUAUCUCUUGACAACAAUUGUGUUUAGAUGUUGUUUGGAUCCAAGGUUUUGUUGAAAUAAAUGGAGAUAAUCAUCUUUAUCUCGCAUCUCUA